CCGCCUGCCCGCCCGGGCGCGCCCCCGACUCCAGCGGGGCGGCCCCGCGCCGGCCCUGCUGCCACCGCCGCGGGGAACGUGGAUCCUUGGUCAGGAGUCUAGCAGAGACCAAUGAGCUGUUGCUAGGCUCUAGCUUCUGACUUUCAGUUUGUGAGGGGAGUUUGAGGCACCAGGGGCCAUGACGGACUGGGUGCUCCUUGGACUGAUUGGGGCAUUGCUUGUACUCCUGCUGCUGACUCUCUUUGGCUUUGCCAUCUAUUCGGGGCUCUUCUCGGAGGUGAUCGUGAGUGCUGGCUCUUCCCCCAUCCGCAACAUCACCCUGGCAUACAAGUUCAAAGUGGGGCCCUACAGCGAGGUGGGCAAGCUGUUCAUGGAGAGCUGCAGCAUCUCUCCAAAGCUCUGCUCCAUCGGCGUCUACUACGACAAUCCUCACAUGGUGCCAUCUGAGAAAUGCCGCUACAUUGUGGGCUGCAUCCUGAGUGAGGGGGAGGAGAAGCCGUCAGAGGAGCUGAUCCGACUCUUCCAGAAGUUUGGCUUCAAGAUCUUCUCCUUUCCGGCUCCCAGUCACGUGGUCAUGGCAACCUUCCCAUUCACCACACCUUUCUCCAUCCAGCUGGCGGUGAACCGUGUCCACCCGGCCCUCAACACUUACAUCAAGGAGAGGAAGCUGUGCGCCCAUCCCAGGCUGGAGAUCUACAAAGGAGACCGCAUCUAUUUCGUGUGCCCCCUGGCACGCCAAGGGGACUUCUAUGUGCCAGAAAUUAAAGAGAUGGAGUGGAAGAGCAGAGCAGCAGAGGCAGACGAUGCACAGACAGAUAUCACAGGGGCUGACACCCUGAGUGAGACAAGCUCCAUCAGCCUGGAGGCCAUGACCGACAGCAGAGAGACUUCAGUGGCCACCUCCAUCCUGUCCCCCUUCACAGCUGGCCAUGGGCGGGAUGAGCUGGACAAUCGCAGCGAGCACAGCUACAGCGAGUCAGGGGCCAGCGGUUCCUCCUUCGAGGAGCUGGAUCUGGAAGGCAACGGUGAUGGGUCGGCAGGGCAGCCUUUUGACCUGAGCUAUGCUGAGGAGCCGGAGACCACAAAGGCCAAGUGUGCUAAGGAGCCCACUGCUCUGGAGAAAGAGAGGGGUGAAGAAUAAACCAGAGUCCUUCCAGCUUCCUCCCCUUUAGUUGGGAGGAACUGAUCUGUCCUGUUUUCUUUCUUUCUAGCCAAGAGAUUUCAGUCACCGAUUCCCACUGAGUCCCGCUCCCUGUCCUCUGAAGACAUAUGUUCCAAUUGUUAUAAAGAGGGACAGCUACACCAAGGGGGAGCGUAGCUAGGAGCUGUUCCCCAGGAGCCUUUAACCCACUUGUGUGCUGUAGCAGAGAACUAGGGGUGCAGUCUGUUUGAUGAGCAGUGAAAUGUUCUUCCAGGCUGCAUGUGUAUAAAUGCGUGGUGAGCUCUCUGCAUGAGGGUGUGUGUGUGUGUGUGUGUGUGUGUGUGUGUGUGUGUGUGUGUGUGUGUGUGUGUGUGUGUGUGUGUGUGUGUGUGUGUGUGUGUAACACAUGUUCUCCCUCUGCCUGUCUCCCCGCUCCAUCUCCUCAAGGUAGCCUGGUUCUCCACUAUAUAGAGACACAUUGACUGGCACCAAAGAGCAAACAGUGGUUUUAUUCCAUGGGAAAUGGAAAUAUACAAUGUAAAAUCAUCCUCCUGAAAGGGAUGUUAAACUUUUGGGAUCUGUAAUAAAGCAAAUGCUUUUCCUCUGAGGUGUGAGGGCUCAAGGGGAGGGUUGUUUAACGCAUGGGCUCGUCUGUUACCCUGGUCCUUGGAGAACUGAGCCAGCCACACGCCUGGCACUUGCGCUGUUUCCAAGUGAUUUUUGGAACAAAAGUGGUGCUCCCAGCUGAUCAGAGUUUGAAGUUUCUUAGCAGCUUGCCUGGGCUGUGUGAAAUGCAGUGGGGGCCAUGCCAUCCAGACCUUGGGGGCCAGAUGUCCCCGUCACUGAAAUCACCAUCAGUGCUGGAACUCGGCUUCCUGCAUAGCAGUUUGAACAGAGAGGCCAGUAGUGAAGGCCGUGGACACCAAACUUCCUGAGGGCCCAAAAUUCUCCUUCCAGGUCGGGGAAAGGCAUAUUGGCCGAGGCAGCGAAGGGAAGCCAGUACUGCUGCCCCUGAGCCAUGGUAGAGAACUUCAGGGUCUAGGGUUGCCGGUCUGACUCCAGCCCCUUAAAAGUCACUUAGAAUAAAACCUCUCAACUUGUCACUUAAAUCCUCCUCUCCAAAGAUGAAGUCUGAUGCAGCCAGCUGCCUGCUCUGUUCCCACCAUCUCCUCUCCCACCCUGUUUCCAGCCAGACCAUGUCCCAGGCUUGACAUUUCUAAAGACACUCUUGCAUCAUCUAUUGCAGCCUCCUUGAGUAUUUUCAGUGGACAUAUUCCUUUGUGGAGGGAAUUGGGGUGGGCAGGGAACUGGUCUGUGUUAUUCUUUGUGAUAGAUUUGGGGAAUAAAGUCCUUUCCUGGGUUAGGUUACAGAUUCCUGGGUGUUGUGCUGUGUUAUAGAAGCGUCUGUGCAGGAAGGGCAGCUGGAUGUGGUAGAGCAGAGGUCAUGCAAUGGCAUCUGUCACAAGGUGCCUCCCACAUGAAACGCCCUCCUGCAGCAAGUCAAGGCACAAUGUGACUCAGUUUCCCUCCUUCAGAAUCCCCAGAAAUAGUCCAAACAGUCUUCUGAGGACUAAUGGCUGUGGUGGGGUUAAUUGAUUAAAAAAGAAAGCCCUGUGUGCAGAAACCCUAACAAAACCAGUCCCAACACCAUAGUUCAGGCAGUAUAUCAAACAGGGCCCUGGUGUUCCUUUCCUUUCCCCAGCUCUCCGGUAUGGCUCCUUCCUCCCUCGCCAUGCCCCAGCUCUCCGGCAUGGCUCUGUCAUGCCCUGCCACUCCCUGGCUCUUGAGUAUGGCUCAAGUAUUCCUCACCAUGCUGCAUGCUCAGCCUGUCCUGGCUUACAGCAGGCAUCUCAAGUUACUGGUCUCAACCUUCAGCCCUCUCCUUUCUUCUCUGGCCAUGGUGCUCUGGCUCUGGUUCAGCCCCUCCACAGGCUCCCUGCUAAUUUUUCACUCUUUCCAGGGGCAGCCUGCAGGGAGCUUCUCUGUGGCUUUCCCUAAAGACCUCUUCCUGUCUCCUCACUCUCAGGUCUUUCUGUCACCAGGUCUCCUCCCCUCAGAUUCUCCCUUGUUCUUUAUAGCCCUCAGGUGCUGCCCCCUCCUUAAUUGGCAAAACUGGGAGCAGCUGUUCUGGCACAAGGAGCUGAACCUACUUCAAUCUCAGGGGACAGCAUGCCAGUGCUGGAUUUGUAUCAGAGCUAGUGCAAGGGCAGGGUUCUGGGGGCAGGAAGCCAGGGGAGUCAGUACAGCUGGGGCUAAGUGCUGGUGGUUCUCAGAUGCCUUAGCCUGGUGGCACAGACGGGAAGUAUUCGGUGCAGCCCACGGGGUUCAGGGAUAUCCCAGUAUUGCAGAUUCUUAGGUGCUGUAGUUGAGGGGAGCUGGUGUCCGAGUGCUGGAAGUUCCUGGAUGCUGUUAUUGCUCUACUUUGGUCUCAUUAGCUUUUCCUUGAUGUUAUGUUGUAGCAGAAACCAUGUCUAAUAACUGUGAAUUGUACUAUUCGUUCUGCCCUUGUGCUAGCUGCAAAACCCUAAAUCUUAGAGUUCUCAUGGUGGAGUGGAGACUCCAUGAUGCCCAUCUGUUGCUGGUGACAUAACCUGUAGAUUGGGGUGGGUCUAACACAUCUGCCUCAAGGAUCUAAAAUGAAGCUCUGGCCCAGAUCCAUCCCUGGUGUAAGUCUCCUGAAGCCCGUGGAGAUGGCUUGGAGUCUGGGGUCCGUGAGAGAAGAGCUAUGAGUUUUCAGAGCUCUAUGGCUGUGACUUAGUGAAGGCACUGAGAACUGGGAGGGUGAGAGGAGGGGGUUUGAAAGGGUUGAUCUUCCCCACAGUGCUGCUGCUCCCUUUCCUCACAUCCUGCUUGUGGGGGGUCUUGGAUCAAUGUCUCGCUCAGCGUUUAUUAAUGGACCUGGAUCCAUACUACGUGAAUGGAAUUCAGCACUCAGCAGAGCAUCAGGCUUGCCUUGUUCCUCAACAUCGACUCAGCCUGGGGGGAAUUCAGUGGGGAUGCAAUUAUCAGAGCCAUCCCCAUUGCCCUGGCGGGUCUGCCUGUCAGCUCUGCUCCCUCUCCCAGCCCUCCCCUUUGCAUCUUGAUUUCUCUGUGCUCUUGCUGCUCUUGGCACCACUGUAAAUCUAUCCCAGUGCUGGAGGUGCGUAUCAGAGCUAGUGCUCAACAUGGGCAGUGGGAAGCACCUUACUUUGGGAGGAUGCUUUGCCUGCCCCCUUCCACAAAAGUCAUAGCAUCUAGAAGCUGGAGCAGACACAUCCUCUGAAUAUAGACAGUUAGCUGGGGAUUAACCCCUUGAGUUGGGGGUUAGGGUUUUCCUAAGUGGCAUCUCCAUGCACAAUGCCCCAGCUAUUGGCAGGUCCUAGGGUGUAUGGGACCACCUGGAUCUCACUGCAGCUGGCUGUGCUCAGUUGGUUCCUUGUGACAUAGCAAUGGCUGAUGUUGCCCCCGGAUUUACUUGAACAUCACCAGCUGCUGCUGCUUGGCAUGCAGUGGCAUACCCUGGGCAUCAGUUGGGGCAUCAAAGAUCAGAUCCUCAGUGCUGCCAGCUCUGAGGGAAAAUUUUACUCAUGAAGCAUCAGCCAUUUCCAAAGGUUGUGUGUUUGUAUGUGUGUGUACCUGUCUUUUCCUAUAUGCAGGCGUGUGCAUGUCUGGGUGUACACAUGUAUAUCUGGGUGCCUGUAUGCAGGUGUAUGUGCAGGUAUGGGUGUACACAUGCAUGUCUGGAUGCAGGCGUAUGUGCAUGUCUGUGUGUAUAGGUGCGUGUGUGUGUGUGCUUGGAUGCAGGGAUGUGUAGCUGUUUCUCUGGGUCUGUGGGGGCAUGUACGUGUGCAGAGGAAGGAGCAGCAGGAGUGUCAAUAGAAAAUGCACUGUGCUUCCCCCCAGAUUUUGCUGACAUAUGGAAAUAUCCCCUCUCUGCAGCACUGUUAUAUUGUUUUUUAAAGAAAAAAGUAAUUUUGUUUCA